AUGACGUGCCUUCCCAACUUUAUCCGUAAUGGCUUUAGCUUCCAUUCACCCCGCUACAUAAGUCUAUUCUUUGUCCCUCCCAUCUCUCACAUUUCUCCUCUACUCAUCAAUACAAACAAACAAACAAACAAAACAACCUCAUCAAUCAUCAAUCAUCAAGAACCUUUAAUUAAUCUUUUCAAUCAAUCACAUCAUGUCUCUUCACUGUACCCAUCGGCUAUUGCCCUCGGUACCAUCUUCAACCACGCUGCAUCCCUUGCUGUCCUCGGCCCAGUCUUCGGCGAAACCUACCACAGAGCUCAAGCUGCCAACUCCAAGGAGGAGUUUGUUAAGUCAAAGGAGGCUGCUUCCGCCGCUGCUGCAUGGGGAACUUCCCUUGUCGGUAGCGCCGUCCAAUCAUAUGGUGUUGGUGCUUUGAUCAAUGCUACCGGUACUCUCUCAUACAAGGGUGCUGCAUACUUGGGAUCUUUGAUCUUCAUGGCUUCAUCUGCUCCAUCUUUCAUUGCACAAGUCACCACUGAGAAGCGACCACUCGACACUGUUGCCGUUGGAGCUCUCGCCCGCGUCUUCGAGACUGUCGGUCUCUCUCUCUUCCUCACCUGGUGGGGAACCCACACCAACCCAUUCGAGUAAAUGUAUUAGGCUUUAAUAUUGGGUAUGAUCGUUGGGAAGGAUUAACGGAAUGGGGUUAUGGUAUGGGAAGGAAAUGACGUUCGGAUUGGAGUAUUCCGUUUCGUCUGUGUAUUAUCUCGACUCUGAAUCAAUUCACUUUUAUGACUUUAUGAUUUCUUCGUCAUUAAUUGCACAGCUUUAUUAGGCAGAAUAUGAAUUUCUUUCAAACAAGGGCUUUUUUUCUUUUCGGGUGAACUAUGCAUGGUCUUUAUAUGCGUGUUAUUUCCUUUUUGGAAUCUGAAGUGUUUUCUGUGUUUCAUUUCGAGAUUCGGAAUCUUCGACUUGGUAUAUUGAAUUGAAUAUACUAAUAAAAUUGUCAAGGUAGAUAGUAUCAACAAGUCAUCCCAGUGAUGAACCUUACCACAACCUCCCCACUGUCACCGCGCAGCUCGCUCA